UGUGAAACGAAACUUAAGCUGCGAGACUGGAGAAGUGAAGCUGCACGUCAAAUCACGCAGUUUUUAGCAGGAUUUUAAAAGGAGUCAGGAUCACAGAUCAGGGUCACAGACUCCAAAAGAGAGAAGCACAUUGGAGGACGACAUCACUUUAUAAACAGCAGAGUCCUACACUGGUGAUUGAAAAUGCUCAUGCAUCGAAACGUAUGCACGUUGUGGCUUCUUCUGUUACUUCCCCAUGUCAGUGCCUUCAACUUGAACCUGUUCAGAAGGCCUGAGCUGCGUGAAGGUGACGUGAGGCUUUUUGGAUCCAAGAAUGUUUCAGAGGGCCGUGUAGAAAUCUACCAUGAAGGGAAAUGGGGAACUGUGUGUGACGACGGCUGGGACAUGGCUGAGGCCCAGGUGGUGUGUCGUCAGCUCCACUUCCCCGGAGCCAAAUCUGUUGUCACUGGGAAGGACUACGGAAAAGCAUCUGGACCUAUUUGGCUGGAUGAUAUGAAUUGUAAAGGCACAGAGAGCCAUCUGUCUUCUUGUGAUUUCAAAAACUGGGGAGUAACUGACUGCUCCCACAAAGAGGAUGUUGGAGUUAUCUGUGAAACAGAUGAUACGAACUUCAAUGAUCCUACACACUUUCUGGAUCAAAGCAUCAGCCUCUCCGAUGACCUUGGCAAAAUCUUUGACAGUGGAAUUGGCUGUGACUUCCCGAUCUUAGUCCAAAGUGAGACUGGAAACAGACAGGAGGAUGGGACCCUGGAGGUGGCUGAAACAGCAAUUUGUGCUCACAAAGUCAUCCUCUCACAAUUCCCACUUUUCAACACUUCAACGGUCAGUAACAUCACGGUCAGCCUCAGUCAGUCCUGCCAGCCGCACUUCACCACCUUCAUCAGGUACAUUUACACCCGCAAGAUGGACGUGACCUUCUCCUCUGUGCAGUGCCUCCACUGGAUGGCUUCAAAGUUUGGGGUGAAGCAGCUGAUGGAGGAUGCAGGCCGGCUGUUCUCCAAAGUCAUCCCAGAGGACAAUUCAUUUCACACCCAAGUGUCCCUUUACAAAUAUGCAGAGGAGACUGGCGACUUGGUCCUCCAGGAGAACUGUUGUCAGUAUCUGGCCUGGAACUUCAAAACUCUAACUACAUCCCCUGCUUGGACCAGCAUCUCCGUUGAGCUCCUUGCAGCCCUUCUAACCCGCUCAGACGUGAUUGUGCCAGAUGAAUAUUUUCUGCUUCAGGUGGUGGAGAGCUGGAUCACAGAGAAGGGAAAGUCUAUCAGUUUGGAAACCCAGGUCGACUUGUUAAAUCGCAUUCGUUUUCCGAUGAUCCCCGCUGAGAAACUGUAUGAACUAGAGUCCAAAUCUUCUCUCUACAGCACUCAUAAAAAUAUGUAUCGUGAAAACAUGUUGAAAGCGUAUCAGUUUAAUGUUCUGCUCUUCAGCAAUCUGUCAAACCCAAACUUCAACAAAAACGAUGAUGAUUACCAGCCCAGGAUCUACACCAUGAAGCCAUGGAGCACUACUAUUGACCAUUCAAAGAAAACCUCAUCAUUUCCGGUCCGGAACCGCUAUCAUAAUUCAGGCUUCUCUGACUACAACAGAGGGGUAUAUUAUGCUCCCGCAGUUGUGACGUUCAGCACCCCUGUCCACAGCAGCCUGAUCUUUAAGAACAACAACAUUAACUGGGAGGCAAAUGUCUUCAUGACCAAUAAUGAAUGCUCAGCCCGAGGUCUGCGUUGUGAGUCGUUCCCUAUGGCAAGGCUGGUUCCCCAAUCCCGCGUCACCCGUGAGAGCAACAUCCUCUUUCGUAACCGUCUUCUGCUGAUGUGCCAAGACAAGUACGUCUGUCAGGUUCAGGACUUCAAGGUCAACCUGGCUUACAUCGCUGUGAAUGGAACCCAGGGUGCUGCGUAUCCCUGCCCUAAUGACCAGUACACCUACCAAUUUGUAGUGAGACCAGGGUAUGUCUGAUCCAGUAGCAAGGUUGGGCUGAAUUUCUUACAUCUGAUUAAUCUGCUUAUUAUUCAAUACAAUACAAUGAAAUUUCAGUAUUAUCCAAGUGAUUUUUAUUAAUCUCUGUUGAUUAGCCACAGAUCCGUCAUCUGGCUGUGCUUUAAUUAAUAUCAAGUAUUCUUUUUCUUCUUUUUUUUUUUUAAAUGACAAAUAAAUAAAACGAUUUCUAGAUCAUCA